AUGUCAGUUCAGAUAUUCAAAGAUCAAGUCGAAGAAGAUAGAGCUGAAAAUGCUCGUAUGUCUGCUUUUGUAGGUGCAAUUGCCGUUGGUGAUUUAGUUAAAUCAACAUUGGGUCCAAAAGGAAUGGAUAAAUUGUUACAAAGUGCAAGUAACCCAGACCACUCGAUUGUUACCAAUGAUGGAGCUACUAUUUUGAAAUCUAUACCAUUUGAAAAUCCAGCAGCUAAAGUUUUGGUUAAUAUCUCCAAAGUUCAAGAUGAUGAAGUUGGAGAUGGUACAACUUCAGUCACGGUGCUUAGUGCUGAAUUGUUGAGGGAAAGUGAAAAAUUAAUCGAUCAAAAGAUCCACCCACAAACUAUAAUUGAAGGUUUCAGAAUAGCUAGAAAACAUGCAAUUGAAGCAUUGGAUAAGAAUGCUGUUAAUAACGGAUUGGAUCCUGCCAAAUUCAGAUUGGAUUUGUUGAAUAUUGCCAAGACCACAUUAUCAUCCAAGAUUUUAUCACAGGAUAAAGAGCAAUUUGCCACGUUAGCUGUGGAUGCUAUUUUGAGAUUGAAAGGAUCAACCAAUUUGAACAAUAUUCAAAUUAUCAAAAAAGUGGGAGGUAAAUUAUCCGAUUCGUAUUUGGACGAAGGCUUUAUUUUGGAAAAAAAGUUUGGUGUUGGACAACCAAAAAAAGUAGAAAAUGCCAGAAUUCUCAUAGCAAAUACAUCAAUGGAUACUGAUAAAGUCAAAAUAUUUGGAGCUAAGUUCAAAGUUGACUCAACAUCUAAAUUGGCUGAAUUGGAGAAGGCAGAAAAAGUCAAGAUGAAGGCGAAAGUCGACAAGAUUAGAAACUACGACAUCAAUGUGUUUAUAAAUCGUCAAUUGAUUUAUGACUAUCCUGAACAGUUGUUUACUGACGCAAAGAUCAACACUAUUGAGCAUGCUGAUUUUGAUGGUGUAGAACGAUUGGCUUUGGUUACCGGAGGUGAUGUUGUUAGUACAUUUGAUAAUCCAGCAUCUACAAGAUUGGGUCAUUGUGAAACUAUCGAAGAAGUGUUAAUUGGAGAAGAUUCAUUUUUGAAAUUUUCAGGAGUAGCUGCUGGAGAAGCUUGUACAAUUGUAUUACGUGGUGCUACUGAUCAUGUUUUGGAAGAAGCUGAAAGAUCAUUACAUGACGCAUUAUCGGUAUUGUCGCAAACUACCAAAGAUACUAAAACUGUUUUGGGGGGAGGCUGUGCCGAGAUGCUCAUGGCUAAAGCCGUUGAUGAAGCUGCUGCUAAUGAGACGGGUAAAAAGGCACUUGCUAUCGAAGCUUAUAGUCGAGCUUUGAGACAACUACCUAUCAUAUUGGCAGACAAUGCUGGUUACGACUCGAGUGAGCUCGUUACUAAAUUAAGGUCCGCUAUAUACAAUGGUAUUUCAACAUCAGGAUUAAACUUGAAUGAUGGUACUGUUGCAAACAUGAGAGAAUUGGGCGUAGUUGAGAGUUAUAAGUUGAAAAAAGCGGUGGUGAAUUCUGCAACUGAAGCUGCUGAAGUGCUUUUACGAGUAGAUAAUAUCAUUCGUGCCAAGCCUCGUACAGCCGAUAGAAAUCAUUAA